GGUCGACGCAAUGCCAACCUUUUUCUAGCAUUGACGCGCGCCUACUUCGCCUGUCUUUCUUCGGAUCGAAGGCUCGAUUUGCUCGCUGUUAAGCUGGACGACGAAGACAUGUUGAUCGACGCCAGCUUCAGGAUAGUACUUCUACCAUCUUCUCGAAAGGCUUCAGGUUCCAAGUCCCAAAGGGAUCUGAAAGAACGUCUGGAGCGAUUGGCUGAGUGA